AUGGAAUAUGACCCCCAAUCCCCCCGCUCCUUCGCUGCUUCCUAUGUCUCCAAUUCUCGCUUCCAUCGCUUCUUGACCAUCGAGUCAACGACCCAUGGCCCUCUCAAUGUGACAUACGCCGAUUACGGCCGUGGGCCCAAUAAGAAUGGAACUACACCGACACUUUUGUUUAUACCGGGCAUGUUUUCAUCCCGGUAUAUCGGAAUUUGUCUACACGCGAUGGCCGAGAAAUGGGGCGUCCGCGUUUUGGUUGUUGAUCGUCCCGGAAUGGGGAAUUCCACCGAAGUGCCAUUGGCGCAGCGAGUGUCCGCCUGGGUUGAGACCGUCCCACGGCUUUUGGCGCAUCUAGACAUCCAGCAUGUUUCGUUGGUGUCGCAUAGUGCUGGUACUAUGUAUCUGCUCAAUACCCUGUAUUACUGUCGGGAUAUUCUAUAUCCCGAGAAACCAAUGGUCACAUUUCUAGCGCCAUGGGUUGACCCCGCCAAAUCAGGCAAUGCAUCUAUGAAAUUGGCGCAAUACAUCCCGACCUCAGCCUUCAAGGUCUGGCAUCAUAUCCCACGUCUCUUUCUCGUCAAGGAUGGGUCUGCAAUAGCGGCGAGUGGAACAAUGAUUGCCAAUCUCACUGCCUCUCUUCCCUCAAGUAGCGGUGACGAACAGGCAAAGAAUCGGCUCUACAUCUCCCAGAACUAUGGACUAGAUGUAGACCAGCAGAAAGAGAUAGACUCUUCGAUGAUGCAGUGUAUGUUUGCUGAGAACACGGUUGGCGCUAAUAGCGAGGCGUUGCAGUGUUUACGAAAGGAGCCUAGGACAUGGGGCAAAUGUGAAGACUAUGAGAUUUUUGUGCAUGAGUUGGUAGAGCGCGAAAGAGAGCGAGUUGGAGUGCCGUUGAAAGUCCAGGCAUUCUUUGGUGAGACUGAUAGCAUGAUUGGCAAAAAGGGUCAGGCUUAUUUUGAGAGAUGCUGGCGGAUUGGUGCUGAGGAUUCAAGGGGCUCAGUUGAAUUUGAUUCAAGGGUGGUAUCUGGCACUGAUCAUGAUAGUUUGGUGCCGUCUGCAGAAGUGUGGGAGGGCAUUCUUGCGAAAAUGGUAGCUUGA